CAACUUUGCAGGCACUGCAGUCUUCACCAAAUACUUCUCUUGGCAUCUUUUGUCCCUCUCUUUCUCUCUCUAUAUAUCAUUGGUUGCUAUACUUACCAACCAACCAAAGGCAUCAUCUUUUGAAAUGAGAAGUAAGUUCCCUAUUGGGUUUCUUCUCCUUGUAGCCGCCACCUUUGUGGUGGCUUACUCUACUGGUAACUUAUACCAAGACUUUGAAAUAACAUGGGGUGAUAACCGUGCCAAAAUCCUUGAAAAUGGACAGCUUCUCACACUGUCCCUGGACAAGGUCUCUGGCUCUGGCUUUCGUUCCAAAAAUGAGUACUUGUUUGGAAAAAUUGACAUGCAGCUUAAGCUCGUGCCUGGUAACUCUGCUGGCACCGUCACAGCCUAUUAUCUAUCUUCUCUGGGGUCUGCUCAUGACGAAAUAGACUUUGAAUUUCUUGGUAACUUAAGUGGUGAUCCAUAUGUUCUUCAUACAAACGUAUUCACACAAGGGAAGGGUAACAGAGAGCAGCAGUUCUACCUGUGGUUCGACCCCACCAAGGAUUUCCACACAUAUUCCGUUCUAUGGAAUCCUCAAAGCAUCAUAUUCUCUGUGGAUGGGACACCAAUAAGGGAGUUCAAGAAUUUGGAGUCAAAAGGGGUUCUUUUUCCAAAGAACCAAGCCAUGAGGAUAUACUCAAGCCUUUGGAACGCUGAUGAUUGGGCCACAAGGGGUGGACUUGUGAAGACAGAUUGGAGCCAAGCCCCAUUCACUGCCUCAUAUAGAAACUUCAAUGCACAAGCUUGUAUUUGGACUUCUUCAGGGUCCUCUUGUUCUUCCAAAGUUUCUCCAAAUUCAGGCCAAUCAUGGUUGGGACAAUCAAUGGACGCAACGGGACAAGCCAAAAUUCAUUGGGUGCAAAACAACUACAUGAUUUACAACUACUGCACUGAUACCAAGCGUUUCCCACAAGGCCUUCCUCCCGAAUGCUCACUUGCAUGAAAAACCAUUACAUGUUUAAAAAAAAAAGCCCCACAUAGGACGCAUGUCAUACGUGAACUUCUUUUCUUCGUUUUCUUGUAUGAAUUAAUACUAAAAACUAGGAUUGUUGGUUUAUAUUUUGUUGUGCAUUCCAUUGUUUGUGAAAAUAAGCUUUUAAAAUGAGAUUUGUGGCAUUGUAUUGUAUAUAUGCUGAAAUUGUAAAUUAUUUUCAUUAAUAAAUUUGUUUUGAGAGUUG